AUGGUCAAAGUUGCUGUACUCGGAGCCUCUGGGCAAAUUGGCCAGCCUUUGAGUCUUUUGCUCAAGUCGAGCCCUCUAGUGUCAGACCUCAGGCUUUAUGAUGUCGUGCACGCUGUGGGCGUGGCAACUGACCUUAACCACAUUGAUACUCCCGCUCCAGUUAAGGGCUACCUGCCUGAAAAUGACGGCCUGCAAAAAGCUCUGUCAGGUGCAGAGGUUGUUCUGAUCUCGGCCGGCAUUGCUAGAAAGCCUGGAAUGACUCGUGAUGACCUUUUCAAGACCAAUGCCAGCAUCAUUGCGGACCUUGCUACCGGUGUCGCAAAGUUUUGCCCAAUAGCCUUUGUCGGCAUCAUCACCAACCCUGUCAACAGCACUGUCCCCAUUGCCGCUGAGGUGCUCAAGAAGAACGGCGUUUUCAACCCUCAACGUUUAUUUGGUGUGACAACUUUGGAUGUGGUCCGAGGAUCUAAGUUCGUGGCCGACGUCCUUGGAAACGACCCUCGGCAACUCAAGGUCCCGGUUGUCGGUGGCCACUCCGGCGCGACGAUCCUGCCAUUGAUCAGCCAGUCUGAGCCCAAGGUUCAGCUGAGCCAAGAGCAGAUUGAAGCCAUCACCCACAGGGUGCAAUUUGGCGGAGAUGAAAUCGUCAAGGCGAAAGCCGGUGCUGGCUCUGCAACCACAUGCAUGGCUUACGCUGGAUUCCGAUUCGCCCAGGCGAUUAUCAAGGCAGCCCAAGGUCAGACUGGCAUCGUAGAGCCCGCGUAUGUGUAUCUGCCUGGUGUACCGGGGGGUGAUGCCGUAUCCAAGGAGCUCGGCGUUGAAUACUUUGCCGUUCCUGUGAGCUUCGGUGCCAAUGGUGCUGAGACUGCUCAUCCCAUCGGCUCUCUUUCUGAUUACGAGACGAAGCUUCUCAAGAUUGCUGUGGACGAGCUGAAGGGUAACGUCAAGAAGGGAGAGGACUUUGCGCGAGCUUAG